GAAGAACCUGUAGUCUGGUUUGAAAAUCGCCAAAGGUAGAAGAAGCAGCACCUUUGGAGGAGGGGAGGGCCCUGCAGCCGCAGCGCUCUGACAGAAACCCCGUAGUGCAGAAGCGCAGCGCCAUUCGGUAUUUGCAGCGAUAUCCAAAAUGGCAGGAGCUGAUGGAGACGACUCUCUCUACCCUAUCGCCGUUCUCAUUGAUGAACUGCGAAAUGAGGAUGUUCAGUUGCGUUUGAACAGCAUCAAGAAGCUGUCCACCAUUGCUCUGGCCCUGGGUGUAGAGAGGACCCGCACUGAACUCCUUCCUUUCCUCACAGACACCAUCUAUGAUGAAGAUGAGGUGCUUUUGGCAUUGGCUGAGCAGCUUGGCAAUUUCACUAUGUUGGUGGGAGGUCCAGAGUAUGUCCACUGUCUUCUGCCUCCUCUGGAGAGCCUAGCUACGGUGGAAGAGACAGUAGUCAGAGACAAAGCUGUGGAGUCCCUGCGAAAGAUCUCUCAGGAGCACUCUCCAGUUGACCUGGAGGUCCACUUCGAGCCUUUGGUGAAGCGGUUGGCCAGUGGUGACUGGUUCACUUCUCGCACAUCUGCCUGCGGCCUCUUUAGCGUGUGUUAUCCUCGUGUCUCCAGCACUGUUAAGGCUGAGAUUCGCCAGCAUUUUCGCACCUUGUGUUCAGAUGACACUCCUAUGGUGCGUCGUGCUGCAGCAUCCAAGCUAGGGGAGUUUGCCAAAGUCCUUGAGCUGGAGUAUGUAAAAAGUGACAUAAUUUCCCUUUUCACUGCUUUGGCCUCUGAUGAGCAGGAUUCAGUGCGGCUGCUUGCAGUGGAGGCUUGUGUCAGUAUUGCCACUCUGCUGCCUCAGGAGGAUCUGGAGACUCUGGUGAUGCCAACUCUGCGUCAGGCUGCAGAAGAUAAGUCCUGGAGGGUUCGUUACAUGGUGGCUGACAAGUUCUCUGAGCUCCAGAAAGCAGUGGGCCCAGAGAUCACAAAAAACGACCUGGUCCCAGCCUUCCAGAACCUUCUGAAGGACUGUGAAGCCGAGGUCCGUGCUGCUGCAGCCAACAAAGUCAAAGAAUUCUGUGAGAACCUCCCAGAGGACAACCGUGAGCAGAUCAUUAUGACUCACAUCCUACCCUGCGUCAAGGAACUUGUUUCAGACACCAACCAGCAUGUGAAAUCAGCCCUGGCCUCGGUCAUUAUGGGACUUUCAACCAUCCUGGGCAAGGACAACACAAUAGAGCACUUACUGCCUUUAUUCCUGGCUCAGCUCAAGGAUGAGUGCCCCGAGGUGCGUCUCAACAUUAUCUCCAACCUUGACUGUGUGAACGAGGUGAUUGGUAUACGGCAGCUCUCCCAGUCGCUGCUGCCGGCCAUUGUGGAGCUGGCAGAGGAUGCAAAGUGGAGGGUCCGCCUUGCCAUCAUUGAGUACAUGCCCUUGUUGGCAGGACAGCUGGGAGUGGAGUUCUUUGAUGAGAAGCUCAACACCCUUUGUAUGGCCUGGCUCAUUGACCAUGUGUACGCCAUCCGUGAGGCAGCCACCUGUAACCUUAUGAAGCUCGUGGAGAAGUUUGGAGCAGAGUGGGCUCAGAACACCAUCGUGCCCAAAGUGCUGGGUAUGGCCAACGAUCCCAAUUACCUCCACAGGAUGACCACUCUGUUCUGUAUCAAUGCUUUGUCAAAGGCAUGCGGCCAGGAGAUCACCACUAAGCAGAUGCUGCCCGUGGUCCUCAAGAUGUCCAACGACCAGGUGGCCAAUGUACGCUUCAAUGUGGCGAAGUCCCUUCAGAAGAUUGGCCCUAUCCUUGACAGCAAUGCCCUUCAAACAGAAGUGAAGCCAGUGCUGGAGAAGCUGGCUUCAGACACAGACAUGGAUGUUAAGUACUUUGCCCAGGAGGCCAUUAGUGUUCUGGCGCUAGCAUAACCAGCCCAACAUGGCGUAGCACAUAGGCUUCUUUGUUAACCUUUCAAUUUGCUGUAAAUGGGUGCUUCUACAAAGGCAAAGUGUGAUAAACUGAAAUAAGUGGUGCAUGCUGACUGUGCUACUGUACUUGCUAGGCAUUGCUAACCAGUACCCCUCUCACAUUCCUCCCCUUACUUCCUUGGCUGCUGUUGUAGUUGAGCCACAGUCAUUGCAGCGUACCGCGUCUCUUUUAGCUACCCCAGGACUGUCUGUGCUGCUGCACUUUUUCUCCCAGUGUUAGAUGGAAACUUUAAGCAGCAGAUGGUGCAACAAGAUGUUUAUUUUUUGCUGCGUUUCUUCUCGAAUCAGCCUCCCCCCCCCCCCCCCCAGAGACACUGAUGUGGCCCUACUGAGAAGUAGAAAUUGAAAGGUCUUUUGAGGCGUAAUGGGAUUUUUUUUUUGCUCUGUCACCAAACCAAAGCCAUCUCCUCUGAAGGUUUUAACAAAGAAAUAAUGCCCUUACCACAUCUCAGAUUGUAUAUUUCCUCAUCUACCAGACUACCGUGCUCUUCUGCAACAUUUCUCUGUAGCAACACAGACUGAAUUGGUCAAUGAUUUUGGGGCGGGGGGGGGGCAGGUCAGUUGUAAACUGUUGUUCAUAAUUGUCCUGCAUCCAAAUUGGUGACUUUGUAGAUGCAAAAUGGGAAGUAAUGUUCUGUAAUAUAUUCUCGGCAUUGCUCUUAAUCUUUGUGCCAAUGACUUAAGAAAGCAGUGGUGUUUUCUUUUAAUGUGUCUGUAAACAGUUUUCACCUGCCACGUUCUGUAAAAAGACAGCGUUGUUUUCUGGGAGGGACGUAUUAGUCUUGACAGUAAUGGGCCGGUAAAACUUAAUUGACUACAGCUAUCAGAGCAUGCGCACAACCACGACAGUCCUUGCUGUCUAGAUUCCCCCACCCCCACUGAACAUGAGGUUUAAAAGCGUUUCAAUAAAUGUUAAGGGCCAUCACUUUUAAUCUUUGCUUAAAAACCUCUACACAAAGGAGAACAAGUGCAUGCUUUCAAAGAAAGUGGGAAGGGGGACAGGGAGCAUGUGUAUGUAAGGCUGCAUAAUGUUUUAUUACGGGGUGGGAGCCGGGGUGGUUAUGGGCGGGUUGAAUAAAUGUAUCGUCUGUGUUGAUAAAAGGAACUUUUGUCUUUCCCUGAACUUCUGCCAUCCCCCCACCCCCCCUCAUUCUUGUCUUGAAUAAACCUUUAUUGUUGAUUGUCCUGUA